AUGAAAAGGAAAGUGAAACCAUUUUCCAAUAGAAAGAUAUGGCACAUUAAUUCAACAGCAGUUGGAGGAGGUGUUGCAGAAAUGUUGUUAAGAUUAUGUGGUACAAUGAAUGAAGUUGGCUAUACUGCAUCGUGGUUAACAAUCAAUACAGAUGAUGAAAUGUUUUUCAGUGUAACUAAAAAGAUUCACAAUUUCAUUCAUGGCAGUGGAGAAGAUCGUGACUUUACAUCUGAGGAUCGAAUUGUUUACGAAAAUGUGAAUAGAGAGAAUGCCAAUAGUGAGGGCUUCCUGACUGGUAGUAUUAUCAGUGAGGGUGAUAUUGUGAUAUUACAUGAUCCUCAACCUUUGGGAUUAGUAAAGAGCAUUCGUGAAGUAUUUGGAAAUAGAGUGAAGGUCAUAUUCAGAUGUCAUAUUGGAUUGGAUGAACAUAAUUUUCAAACAAGAUGUGCUUGGAAUUUCCUUCAGCCAUAUAUUCAAAUGGUUGACCAUUCAAUUUUUACUUCACCAGAGUAUGCUCCUUCAUAUUUGAAGAAUAACUUUUCAAUUAUUUAUCCAAGUUUAUCACCAUUCAAUCCAAAGAAUCAACAUUUAUCAACCAAUGAAAUUAUGAAUAUUCUAGUUCAAUCUGGGUUGACUAGAUGUGAAGAAGAAUUUGAGUGGAAAUCCAAAUAUCCACACAAAGUUAAGAGAUUAUUCAGAGAUCCAUAUCUAUUAGGCAUUCCAUUCAAUCCAAUUGUCACUCAAAUAAGUAGAUGGGACAGAUUGAAAGGUUGGAUUCCACUCAUGAAAGGUUGGUUGAGAAUGAAACAAAAUCUUGAAACAAUGUCAGAGAAAUUAACAGAAGAAGAAAUGAAAUUAUUAAAGAGAGUCAAGCUAGGUAAGUUAAUUCUUUGA